AUGAACCAUUCGGCUUAUUUUAUGCAGUCAGGUUGCAGUAUGUUCACAGAAGCAAUAGCAAAGCAGCACUAUGUGCUCUCAAGCAGUAUUCUCUACAUCCUGGAAUUUUGCUUUGAACAUGAGAUCUUCCCUGGUGAUAUACUACAGGAAGAAAUGAGAGUAAGAUACUGCAGGCACAAAUUCCUGAUAAAGUUGAAGAGAAGCUCUAUUGCUGGCUGUCACAAACCUGUAAGUGGAUUUUCAGAAGAAAACACGAACUGGAGUGAUAGUGUGCCAUUGGAUUUCCAAGAUUCUGUCUCAUUGAAGGAAAGAAUGGCUAUGUAUCAAGCAGCUGUGUCCAAAGUAGAGCGCAGCAGCUCCUGUGCUAAUGCUAUAGAGGAAUCAGACACCUGUACAGUACCUGGUGGCUUAGCAAGUGUGAAGAAACAAUUUGAGAAAUGGGAAACUGGUCAACACCAGUAUGAGCACAAAUCUGUACAGGAGGUGACACGUAGUAGUCAGCUCACGGUAUCAAGCAGCAGCAGAGAAGCUGAACAGAAUGAAGUGACCUCCAAAGGAACUCAGUUGGAAGCCUUUCAAACAGAAGAGGUUUCUCAUGUUGAACAAUCUACCCAUCAGACAAGCAAGGCUUCUAAUUUCACUCAACAUAUUGAUGAAACAGUAGUCAAUGAAACUAUGACUGAAGAGAUCCCAAAGAUUUCAACACAGUUUUUAAAACAGCACUUUGAAAAGACAGCCCAGGAAAAGGCUCUUCUCUCAGACAGGGAGUCUGUGACACCUGCAAAGCAUACUAAGAUUGAAAAUGAGUUCCAAGAAAUUGUAUGGCCUUCUGCAGUGAGCUUCUCUUCUGCUGCCACUGCUUCAGAAAGUAGAGUACAUGAAACUCUUGGGACACGAAAAACAGAAUAUGGAACUGCUGCUGCUGUUACAGCUUACACCAACUCCCCUAAAUAUGGAAGCACAGAAGAGUUUUCCCCUCCUCCACCACCAAACAUACUACAAGCGCCAUCAGAAAUGAAAGAGUUUUCCCAGUCCCCUGAACCAUCCACCUCUCCAGCAAAGCCCACAAUCCCCAAAGAUUUAUAUUCAAAGCAAAGAAAUUUAUAUGAAUUAAAACGUUUAUACAAACAUAUUCACCCAGAAUUAAGAAAGAAUUUAGAAAAAGAAUAUUUUAAUGAAGUUUCUGAUGUUGUAUCUAGUAAGGUUGAAAUAGGCAGCUCUGUGUCAGGAGAUGUACAGCAAACUAGAUAUGUCUUUGAAAACACUGGUAAUAGCUCUCAGAAGUGUAUAAGCCCUGAGAGAGAAUACCUAGAAUGGGAUGAAAUCUUAAAAGGAGAGGUUCAGUCUAUGAGAUGGGUCUUUGAGAACCAGCCUUUGGAUUCAAUCAAAGAUGAAUCUCCUGAACUGAGCAACAUUAAAAGCAUUGCAGAUCAAGAAAUCAUUGCAGGUGGAGACGUAAAAUAUACUACCUGGAUGUUUGAAACACAACCUAUCGAUGCACUGGGUACACAUUCUUCAAACUCUGCAGAAAAUACAGACAAAAUUCCAGAUUUAGCUAGAGGAGAUGUCCGCACAGCCACGUGGAUGUUUGAAACCCAACCAUUAGAUUCAAUGAAUAAAAUUCAUCAUGACAAUGAACAAGAUGAAACUUUCAUUAAAGAAAUUACCGGAGGUGAUGUCAAAACUGUGAGGUACAUGUUUGAAACCCAGCAUCUGGAUAAACUUGGGCAGCUAUAUUCAGUGGAUGAAGUUAACUUGCUGCAACUCAAAUCUGAGCUUAAAGAGAUUAAAGGAGAUGUGAAGAGAAGCAUAAAGCAUUUUGAAACUCAACCAAUGUAUGUUAUUAAAGACAGCUUAGGUCAAAUAUUGGAGAUUAAAACUGUUCACCGAGAAGACAUUGAAAAAGGAGAUGUUAGAACAGCACGUUGGAUGUUUGAAACGCGGCCCCUAGAUAUGAUUAACAAAGAUUCUGUGGAAAUUAAUGUUGUUCGUGGAAUCUCUAUGGAGGAAAGCAUCAAAGGUGGUGUGCGCAAGGCAAAGUGGGUGUUUGAAACACAACCUUUGGAUACUAUCAAGGAGGACUCAGAAGUAUCUGUCACUGAGAAGGAAGCUAUUCUAGGGGCUGAUGUCUGUAGAAAAUGCUGGAUUUUUGAGACUCAACCUCUUGAUACCCUAAAAGAUAAUGAUGACACAACUCAUCUGCCACCUGAAGAAAUAAUAGGAGGUGAUGUAAGCACUACUAAACAUUUAUUUGAAACACUACCAAUCGAUGCUUUAAAGGAUAGCCCAGAUGUUGGUAAGCUUCAAAAGGUGGUUGCCACAGAGGAAGAAAAAGGUGAUGUGAGACAUCAAAAAUGGAUUUUUGAGACUAAACCUCUUGAACAGAUUAGAGAAGAAAGAAAGGAAUUUAUAACAACAGUGAAACUUGAAGAAGUUGACAGAGGAGAUGUGAGUAGCUGCAAACAUAUAUUUGAAUCAAGCAAUUUAAGUAAAUAUGAUGAAUCACAUAAAAUCCAUGUGGAAGAAAUAAGGAGAGGAACUGUAGAGUUGAAUAAAGCUCUUUUUGAAACAACUCCAUUAUAUGCAAUUCAAGAUAGUCUUGGGAAAUAUCAUGAAGUUAAAACAAUUCGACAAGAAGAAGUUUUAAGAGGUGAUGUAAGAAGCUGCAGAUGGCUGUUUGAAACAAGGCCUGUUGACCAAUUUGAUGAGAGCAUUAAAAAAAUCCAGAUUAUCAAAGGAAUAUCUUCACAAGAAGUAGAAUCAGGUGACGUGAAAACAGCUAAAUGGUUGUUUGAAACUCAGCCUCUUGAUUCUAUUAAAUAUUUUAGCAAUAUGGAAAGUGAAGAAAGUAAAACAGAACAGACUACAGACAUUAUUAAAGGAGAUGUAAAAAUGUGUAGAUGGCUGUUUGAAACUCAGCCAAUGGAAUCACUGUAUGACAAGGUUGAGAUAGUGACUGACAGUGAAGAAGUACAUAAAGGAGAUGUCAAAACCUGUACUUGGCUCUUUGAAACCCAGCCGCUUGAUGCAAUAAAAGAUGAAUCGGAAACAAGAGUGAAAUUACACACUGUGAAUCAGGAGGAUAUUCAAGGAAGUGAUGUCCGCACAGCAUGUUUCCUUUUUGAGACAGAAAAUCUAGAAAAUAUACAAGGAGAAGAAGAAAAGGAAUUCAAACGAGUAGUGGAAAUUGAUAUCCAGCCUGGGGAUGUUUCCACCAUGAAAUAUAAAUUUGAAAACCAGUCACUAGAUUCCAUACAUUUUAGUUCAGAGGAAGUUUUGGAAAAAAUUAAAACUGUGCAAAGUGAAGAUAUACAGAAAGGAAAUGUUCUACAUUGCCGAUGGCUUUUUGAAAACCAUUCUAUUGAUGCAAUAAAAGAAAACCAAGAAGGUGCUACAUUAGUCAGAACUGUUAAAGAUAUACAUGGUGGGAAUGUAAGAAAAGGCUGCUUUAUAUUUGAGACAUUUUCUUUAGACCAGAUUAAAGAUGGAACUGCAGAUACCACCACCAAGAAAACUGUUAGUGAAGAAAUAACAAAGGGAGAUGUGAAAAACUACAGAAUGCUGUUUGAAACCCAGCCACUUUAUGCAAUUCAAGACAAAGAAGGGUAUUAUCAUGAAGUGACAACAGUUAAGAAGGAAGAAGUGAUUCAUGGAGAUGUACGUGGGACUAGGUGGCUGUUUGAAACAAAACCUUUAGGAUCUAUUAAUGAAUCAGAUAAUGUGUAUGUUAUUAGAGCUGUCACCCAGGAAGAUAUUCAGAAAGGAGAUGUGAGCUCUGUCAGAUACAGAUUUGAAACACGACCACUGGACAGAAUUUCAGAUGAUGAAAAAUUAAUUGUGCCAACUAUUGACAGUGUCCAGGGUGGUGAUGUAAAGGCCAACAAACAAUUAUUUGAGUCUGAAGGAUUCAAUAAAGGCAUGUAUGUAAGAACAGUAAGUGUCAGUGAAAUCCAGUGGGGCAAUGUUAAAACUUCCACUUGGUUAUUUGAAACACACACUCUAGAUGAGAUUAGAGGAGAGGGGUCAGAGUAUAAAGAUAUCAAGACAGUCACGAAGGAAGAUGUGCAAGAAGGUGAUGUUCAGCAUGCUGUGUGGCUUUUUGAAAACCAGCCUUUAGAUUCCAUUAAGGAAACUGAUGAAAGUGAAAUAAAAAUAACCAGGGAAGAAAUUCCUCAGUCAGAUGUAAAGACAACAACAUGGCUUUUUGAAACGACACCUUUCCCUGAAUUUAAUGAAAAUAAGGUUGAAAAGCAAGAAAUUAUAGGGAAAAGUAUCAAAGAAACUUUAAAAGAACUUUACUCUCACAAAGUCAUUGAGUAUCAUGGAAUUAUCCUUGAGGCAGAUGAAAUUGGAGAUGUCAGAAUGGCAAAAUAUAAACUAAUGAAUCAAGAGACUCCUGAAAUACAAAAGGAAGAGAUUAUUAGAGGGGAUCUAGAAAACAUAAUGAUGAACCUGUUGUCCAGAAGAAGCAUUACCAAAAGAGAAAUUAUGGUAAAUGAAGACGAAAAGGGCAAUGUCGAUUUGACCAAAGCUCAAUUAUUGAACAGAUCAACAGAUGUUUGUGUUGAAAAAGAAGAGAUAGUGAGAGGUGAUAUACAGCAAGCUAUAAAAAACCUGUUUAGUCAGGAUAGUUCUGUAAAACGAGGAAUUUUAAUUCAGGAAAAUGAGAGAGGUGAUAUUAACAUGACACUCUAUUCUCUCCUUCACAAAAGGGCUGACAAUAAAAUCCAGCGUGAUGAAGUGAUAGGUGGUGAUGUGAAACAUACUAUUCACAACCUUCUGUCUUCCACAGUGAAUAAUGAAAUAUCCCAAAGAGCUAAAAUAGAUGAUUCAGAGAGAGGAAACGUUCAGUUUUUCACAACAUGCAUAGAAUCCGGAGCUUUGGAUUAUCUGAAACUACUCCAGACAGGGUCAACUGAAACAAUUACAACAAGGAAACAAGAGGAGGAGGAGGCGGAGGAGGAGGAGGAGGAAAUAAUUGGUGGUGAUGUAGAAGGCACAAAGCUGUUACUAAAGAAACAGAAGUUUCAGAUUCAACGUACAGUUAACGAAACUGACAUCAUCCCUGGAGAUGUGGCUAAUGCAGUUAAAAUUUUUAUGACAGAGCCAAAAAAUACAUCUUGUAAUGUAAAUAAACAAGAUAUUAUAAAAGGUGAUUUGAAAGCAACUUUAAAUUCCCUCAGUCAGGCCAUAAAUCAGAGAACAGUUAUAGAAAAGGAAGAAAUUAUAAAAGCCGACAUUCUCACAAUACUGAAGUCUCUUAAAGAAUCAGCCCAUCAACUGAAAGAAACAGAGAAGCCUGAUGUCAUACCUGGUGAUAUUAAGCAGGCCAUUGAUUCCCUUGAAAAAGAAAUAACUACAAAAAUUGAAGUUCUGAAAGAAGAGGUUGUUCGAGGUGACCUUGAAUCAACAUUAAGAUCUUUAAAAGAAGCUCAGCAGUCUUUCAAGAAUGUAGACACAGAAGAUGUAAUCAGAGGAGAUAUUCAGACUGCUGGACAAAACAUCCUAGAAGCCUCUGCGGAAAAGAAAAUGGUACAACAUGAAGUAAGUGGUCAUGGAGAUAUAAAAAGCACCAUCCAGACACAGCAUAUAGCCCCGCUCCAAAGUAACAGGUCACAUAAUCUGCAGAAGAAUGUUAAAUCUGUCCAUGAAUAUCACGAGGAAACACAUGCUGAAAAUGAGGCUUUCCUCAAAGAAGGUGGACAAGGUACCAAAAAGAUCCAUUUAGAACAAGAACAGAGCACUGAGUCUCUUGAUGUAGAUAAAAAACAUAUAAAGAACUUAUCUAAUUCUCAACACAUGGUCAUCAAAAAAGUGGAUGAAUCAAUGGAUAAAAGCAGAGUCCAGGGCAAUGUAAAAAAAGAAGCAAAACAUGUGACCAGCCAGUCUUCUUUCCGUGGUAAAGUGAAGAGAGAUGUGAGAACAGAGAAAUCAGAGACAUGUGGAGCUCUGAAAAAGGAUAGCACCACCAGCAGUGUGCAGUCCAUAGAAAAAAUAGCUGAAAAGAAACAGAAUCUACUUCAUGAGCAUAAAGACAAUGAAUAUUCCAACCUAAGCUGUCAGACAGAGACAAGACAAAAGGCAAAAAUGUCAACUGAUGUUGAUAGCUCCAAAUCCAGAACUACACGACAACCAAUUAAAAUGCCGGCUAGUGGGAUUUCUAAGGCGACUGGCCAUUUUCAAAAGCAAGUGAUAAAGCAAGAAACAAAACAAGCUCAGCAUUCUAGAGAGGUUUUUGCAGAGAAUGAAAUAAACGUUCAGCUGGGGCAAGCUGUAGUUUCCAUGACAGCAGAACAGAAUAUAAACAACAAACAAGAAGUAAAAGUCACACAGGAAGCACUCAAUAAAUUUAAAGAAACUGAAAGGAAGCAAAAGAGAGAUGUUCAUCAGCAAAAUAAGAAAUCUGUAGGACAGUUUAUAGGAAAGACUAAAGUGGAACCUGCUAAGUCAGACUUCCAAUUUGCAGUGAAAAAUCCUCUAAAUCCAGCAAAGAAUGCUGUGGGGAAAGAUAAGCCAGAAAUAGAUUCCUCAUCUACUCCACCACCAUCACCUCCUCCUCCUCCACCACCACCACCAUCAGUAGCAUCAUCUGAAAUUGAAUUUCCUCUGCCACCUCCCCCACCUCCAUUAAUGAUGCCAUCUGAUAGACAUAUGUUUCCUUCACCUCCAUCACCUAUCCACAAGACCAAAGCUGAGUUUGAUCAUUUUCCUCCUCCCCCACCACCAAUAGAUGACAAAUCUGAAAGUGAGUUUCUGCCUGCUCUCCCUCUUCCACCCCCACCACCUCCCCUGGUGAUUUUUCCUACUUCUCAGCCAAAGCAAAAGAAAGAACAUUUUCCAAAAUAUCCAGAACAGUCUGUGCCUGAGCCACUGCAAUUUAAUGCCAGGGCUAAAACAUUAUCAGGUAAACCAGCUGGAGUUCCAUCUUCAAAGAAAUUCCUCAAAAUGGAACCUUCUAAGGGGCUAGACAUUAACAAGUCUAAAACACCUCCAAAAAUUGAACCAACUGUACUUCAGACACACAGAGAAAUGGAUAUUACCACAGCAGUGGGAGAAAGCAAAAAUUCCACAGCUCUUGUGAAUGUGGUUAGCCAUGAACAGAAACAGGAGACAACUCAUACAAAAACAGAAGGGAUAAAAAGGCCAUCAUCUGUUUCAGAAGUGAUUAAUCCUCCACCCAAAGCUCUGCAAGAGACACCACUGGCCAAGAAAAGAGUGGUCUUUCCUCUUAAAAGAUCUCCUUCCCUUCCAGCAGAGCCAACACAAAUAAAACCUAAACCUUAUGUUAGAAAAUUUAAAACCCCUUUAAUGAUUGCUGAAGAAAAAUACAGACAGCAAAGGGAGGAGAUGGAGAAAGUGCAAGUCAAAAGUUUUUGUCAUGAGACUGUCAGAACAAACAGCGAGACUCGGGGAAGUCCAGUUCAAACAGAGUCAGAAAAUUGUGUACCAUUUAAAAAAUCAAGCAAGCAGGAUCAAACUCCUUUACAAGGUUCAGUUCCCUCUGUAACUCCACAAAAAACAACACCCUCUGAUUCUGACUUUCAAGUCAGUUUACAAGCAACAGGAUCUCGAGGUAAACAACUGUCUGCAUCAUUAGUAGUAUCAUCAGCUACUGAGCAGCUUCAAAACAUUUUAGAAAGCUCAGCAGAAGAUCACAUUAGAAAAAAAGUACUGCAAGGUUCAAAGGAUCUUACAAAACAUAAUUUAUCUUGUCAAAUGGAACAAAUCCAUCAAGAACAUACUUUGCAUAAGGCAGAGCAGCUGAAGAAUGUGGAGCAGUUGCACGUGUCCAAAAAUAAAAUUAUCUCCCCUCAUUUCAAAGUUAAAACUAUCAAGCUUCCAAUUGUAGAUCAAAGCUUACAUGAAACACACAAAGAUUCUGAGACACACAAAAAACAAAAGGGAACUAAUGUUCAAAAUGUUGUCAAACAACAAAAUCAGGAAAAACAGGGAGAAGACAUAAGUACUAACGCUAGGAAAAAACAAAGUGUUGCAAAAGAAUAUCACCAGAAGCAUGUUGAUGGAAAGGUGGUGAGAGAAAAAACACCUUUAGAACACAUAGAGAAUAUGCAAGAAGUAAGCCAAAAAGAUGCCAGUCAAGUGAAACAAAAAUUAGUUAAUGAGAAAGAAACAGAAAAAGGAGAAUUCAAGCAUGAGAAAGUCUCGGUGGCUAAAGUAGUAAGUCAGGGCCAGGUAUUAGUUUGUCCAAAAGAAGAAAAAGUAACAAUUCCAGAAAAACAAGGUCAGUUUAAGAAUAAAUCAACAGAGAAAGUAGUCAGGCAAAAGGUAAUUGAUACACGUCAUGACUCUCAGACUCAAAUUGUUGAGCAAAAGAAUGUGUGUGUUUCUGAAAAUAAAGUUCAAAAUAAAAAGUUAUCCCAGCAAUAUAAUAGAUUGCAAGAAAGCAAAUGUGCCAAAGACAAGGGCAUACAACUAAAACAAGUACAUCCGAAGAAAACAGAUCCAAAACAAGAGAUUACACAGAACAAACCUUUAUUUUCUCCUCCAUCAAAAGGAUCACAGCUGAACGAUGAAAAAUUUGCAGUCGAUAUAUUAGAAUUCUUAAGGAAACGGGAGGAACUGCAGCAAGUUUUGUCUAGAGUGAAACAGUUUGAAGCUGAGCCAAAUAAAAAUGGUAUGAAAGCAUUUCAGACAUUUUUAAAUAAUAUCCCAGUAUGGCUUAUAGACCAAGAAAGAAAGAAAAAUAUAGUUCAUAUUGCAACAGAAAAUAAUUUAGAAAGGAUGAAAGAAGAGCUAUCAGAUAUUAAAGAUCAAGCAGUCAAAAUACUAGCCUCAUGUGAAGACACGAUCCAAACAGCUAUGAUGUCCACAAAAACAGUAAAAUCCAGAAAUGACUCUGUUAGUUCUGGAGGCUUGUCACAGAAAAUAUCAAAAAUCAGCACUGGCUCCAACAGAAGAGAUUCGCACCAAACGAAAGAGGUUAUAAAGGAAGAAUCAGUGCACCGUGAAAUUAUACAGCAAUCCAGUGGAAUCAAACAAACAGAAUUCAGAACUUCUUCUCCAGCAUUAAGAAUGCGAUCGCCAUCACCUACUUAUAUAACAAUUGAAUCUAAACGGACAGAAUCUCCUCUGAAGGAAGCACUCUAUUCAUCUGCCAUCCAAAGAAAAAGUACUCCUAUUCCUCCCCCACCACGCAGAUCUGCAACACCAACAUCUACAAUUCGAAGGCCAGCCUCUUCCCCCUCUCCUCCAAGGAGCCGUUCUGAACAACUGGCCAAAUUGAAAGGCACCACAGCAAAGCUAUCUCAAGGAGUAACACAGCACUGGUCAGUAACAUCAGUUCCAGUUGUAGAAAAAAGAUCAGAGAUUGUUAAAUCUCCUGCAACUCUUCGUAGACAAAUUAAAAUUGAAACACAUGCUAUGAUGGAGCCUUCAUCCUCAGCAACUAUAAAUGAAUCUCAGGUAACUGCUGGUACAGUAAAGGACAUAAAAGAAACACACGAAGAAAAUAGAAAAGCAGAGAAAAACAACGACGUGCACCAAGAUCCAGUAAACAUUCCAGAAUGCUUAAAGCCACAUGCAGUAAGUUUUAAGGUCCCUAAGAUUGACCAGUCAGGGCUUACUUGUAGGUUUGAAGCAUCUGAGCAAAUAAGACAUACAAAAAAGGAACCAGUCACAGUAGUUGAAAGAGUAGACUAUGAGAGUGUAGAUGAAAUGGAUAUGUUAUUAGGGAAAUCAGAGGACAAUCCAGGAUUUGAUGUGAAAUCAAAGAAAAGAGUUUUUGAAAGGGGUGGAAUGAAUAGCAAAAUAAAACAAGACAGACACACAUUUAGCAAGGAUGAAUUUGUACUGACAUCUCUGGAGAAUCAAAAGCGAAAAGAUACCUUUAGAAACUCUCCUUAUAGGCAGCCAAGAGACCCAAAGGAAGGUAUAUCUUAUAAACAAAAGCAAUGUGAAGAUAAAGAGCACUCAUUUGAACCCCUGGUUUGCUUGGAAGCAAAGUAUCAUACCGACCACGCUUCUGGUCUGGAUAGAUUUGCCAACACGGUCACUGAAUCAACAUCACAAAGUGCUGAUGGUAGGCAGUCAGGAUUUGGCUUCAAGCAUGCACCUCCAACAUAUGAAGAUGUAAUCUCAGGACACAUUUUGGAUAUUUCUGCUACUGAUUCACCAGAAGAACUACUAAGGAAUUUUCAGAAGACGUGGCAGGAAAGUGAAAGAGUAUUUAAUAGUCUUGGCUACACGGUCUCAGAUACUUCUGAAGCUGAAGUGAGAAGUAGCUUCCACCAGGAAUCAGCAUUUAUCAGUGAAACUGCAACUUCAGGAAAAGGAAACAUGCAUACUUUGUCAAAAGAAAGUUUAUCCAAUGGAAUGUCUAGUUGUCGACAAGCAAAUCUUUCAUAAAUCAUGUUUCCGAUGUCACCACUGCGGCAGUAAGUUAAGCUUGGGAAAUUAUGCAUCUCUCCAUGGACAAUCAUACUGUAAACCCCAUUUUAAGCAACUUUUCAAGUCUAAAGGAAAUUAUGAUG